CCUGGCUCUCGCGCUGGACGCAAACGGCAGUUGGGCGGGGGCGGACGCCGCUGUAGCCGGGCCCGUAGCGCAGCGGCUGUGCGGGGCAGAAGUGCGGUAUGUUGGCAGACCACCCCUCCAUUCCUCUUUUUUAAAACUGUUGUGAUUACUGGGAGUGCUAAUAAGCAUGGAGAUCAAGUUAGAUGUUUUAGUCUCUACGUGUAUCAAACAUAGGAAACCUUGGCCUCGAAUCUCCUGGCUGGGACAGGAAAAAGAAGCUAUUUUUCUUUUAGAUGAUAAAUGUAUAAGUGAAAUUAACCUGUUAUCAGGAAAGACAAAGAAGAAAAUUCCUCAACUUCAAUCAUUGUUGAAAAAUGUUAUCGUCUUAGCAACAUCAAGAAAUGGUGCUUGGUUGGCAGGAAUAGUUACAACAGGAGAACUAUUUCUUUGGAAUAAAGACCAGGACUAUCUGAAAAUUGUACCAGCCGUUGAAGAAUCUAGUAAGGUGGUUACAGCAGCACAAGAGUGCUCCAUGAGAUUGUACCUGUAUGUCUCAGGAGAUGGGAACAAGGUGCUACUCAUUACUCCUACUGCAUGUAUCUUUCUGUGGGAGAGCACAGAAUGCAAAAAUAUAUCCUCUCCUAAAAAUCCUUCACCAGCUGGGCGUUGGUCACAAAUUGUUCCUGAGGAAUCAGUUAUAUUGCCUUCCUCUGAAGAUAAAGAAACUGGAAUAAGUGCUGAUUUCAUCAAAAAUGAGAUACUAGGUGACUGCUGCUUGUGCUCUUUCGUGUUUUAUUCUGGAGAAUGCUUGAUGCUGACAUUUUUGGCCCUGCGGUGGCAUGAAAACAGCUUCAAAUACAUUAGUUCUUUACCUUAUCAUAUCCACUGGGCACAGCAAGCAUGUUCUCUGCCCACUCUGGUUCCAGUGUGUGUGUCAGUAAAGUCGAGAGGAGCUUUGCUUACUGCAUUUUCAAGGGAUGGACUUUUACUGGCAGUAGCCGUUAAUCAAAAUGAUCCAAAGGCAACUCAGAUUUUGUUUAUAAAUACAUUGAAUUUUGUUACUGUUUCUGGUAGCCUUAAAGGUUGUAGUAGCAAGAAUCAUGUGGUUCCAUCCAAGUUUGUCAGAUCAUACUGGGUAGGUGACAUGAGCUGGACUCCUGAUAGUCUUUUUCUGGCUUGCAUGUUAAAACGUGGCUCCUUGAUAUUAUUGACUUGUAUGGGUGAAUUGCUGACCUUGGUUACUUCUGGUUGCUCUAUAGAAUUUGGACCAGCAGAGUUUAUUCCCUUUCAUCCACUAAUAACAUACAGACCGCAACAGUCUGUCUCUCAAGAUUCUAGUCAUUCUCUUGGUUCAUCCGUCUCUGAAAGUGAUCUAAUGAGACAGAGAUUUUCUGUAACAUCACACUCAAGAUUACCCUACCUUAUUGUCUCUGAUGGGUAUAUGGUUACAGUACUUAAGUUUUCUGAUAAUCUUUUACCAUCUGGAGUUAUGAGGUCACUUCUACUUGAUUCAGCCCAGAGGCUUGAAAAGAUGCAUCAGAGUCUGAUGACACCUAAGUCUAAAGGGAAAAGGCUGCAGUUGCGAUCCUUGUCUUCUUUAAAAGCUAGCCUAUUGAAACAACAUCGAAACCAAAAUUCUACCCUUUCUACCAUUCCAAAAUUCCUGCAAGAAGAAGAAACAGCAGAACUGAGGGAGAAAGCAGCAGAUUUACAGGAUUAUGAAGAUGAAUCUGAUGAUGACAAGCAAUUUCAAAAUAACUCUUCUACUUUCUGCAGCCAGGGACCAAAUUCAUUUUUCAGUAGAGCUGAUCAAGGACGUUUGGAAUUUGCAUCAAUGUUUGACACUGUUCAUGCAAAAGAUGAUACUGAUGCAAAAGAUGAUCUAUCUAUGGAACUAAAUUCAAUUCAGAAAAACCUUCUUGCAGCCUGGGGGAUAGGGAUUUCAAAAAAUGUGCAAGAAAAAGAUAUACUGUUGAAUUACACAGUAGGUUGCAUUACCCACCUUUUCAACAUUCUCCAGUUCAUUAAAAGCCCUUUACUAACCCGUGAUAAAUUUUUAAACAAGUCUGAAAAAUAUAAGCUAUGGAUGCAUGCUAUCUUAAAACAUUUUCAGCAGUGUUUAACUGUCCUGUACUGGGAUGUGAGAGACAGACAGACAGUUGGACAUUUGGUAAAGCUGACAUCACAGACUGUAAAACUGAUGCUUAUUCAGCACCAAGAUCAGUUGUUCUCAGAAUAUCUUUUGGGGUGCUUCUGUUUGCUGAAACUGGUUGCACAUAGUCUAAAUGGGAAGUUCACACCUUGUUAUGAAAUAAUAUCUGCAUCCUCUGAUGUUAACAGUGCUGUAGAGCUUGACUCCCUGAUUGUGCCUAUUUUUCAAGUUCUUGAUGGGAGCAGUGCUCAGAAAUUUCGCUCACUGAAUUCUCUGCUUAAGAUACCUCCUCAGGCAGUAAAACUUGGUGAAAAGCCAGACAACAGGUUGAUGAUAUUGUGGCGGUUAUUAUAUAAACAAGUGCUUUGGUAUCAGACUCAACUAAACAGAAAAAUAUCUAAGGAUGGCAAGUCAUUAACUGAAAUGAAGAUUAAACAUGAAGAAUCCAUUGUUGCACAACUUCUAGGUCAUAUACAGGCAGUCCUGCAGUCUUCAGGAGAGACCUUGGAACAAACCUGGAAGCUCAAUUCUGUGAUUGGUGAGGAGCAGUUUCUUUUAGGCUCAUACGAAGAAUCUGUGGAUCUGUGGAAGAGGGCUCUUCAAGAAACCAAAGCAAAAGGAGAAAAGAGGACACAGUUUCUUCAAACUAGGUAUUAUCUUGCUAUAUUAUAUUGCCACCUGUAUCACUACAACUUAACUGAGGCUCAGGGGCUGAGCGACCAUCUUGUGAGAGAGAUACUAAGACGAUCUCAGCUGUCUGUAAGGCAGAUAGAAGAUUUUUCUGAUGCUGAAUAUUCUCAGUAUGAAUUGUGGAUGAUAAGAGAUGUUCAUCCUGAAGCUGCAAUGGCAGUAAUACAGUCCAUGGCACGAUUCAUGGCUGCCUACUUCACUAAUCAUCUGCUUUAUAUACUUCCCCCACAUAAAGUCGACAUUCUGCCUCCACUUCACAUCAACCGAGGCCGGUUCCCUCGAGUUGUUCCACUACAGCACUCUUUGGUCACCAGUGCUGUUAGAGACCAGAACCUUUCUUCUGUAUGGACAGCUGAAUAUGCUCUUGACUUGCUCUUUGUGGGUGGACUGAUUCCAGAGGCUGUGUGGCUAGCACACAAACUUGGAGACUGGAAAAUGUCUGUUUCAAUAGGUGUGGCCUAUAAUCUGUACUGUCAAAGUGGUGGUGACUUCUUAAGGUCAGAGAAAAUGGAAUUACAUCUGCCUUUGAACUUGACUCCAACACAAAUUUUUCAGGAAAAACUACAGUCUUUCUUGGGACAGCCAGUCAGUUUUGAAACAUCAAAUGAAGGAAGAACUAAAUAUAAACAAUUUACAGAUCCCAUUGAAGAGGAAGAUUCAAAUGUCCUGUUUGAUUCAGUGCAAGAAAUACUGAAAGCAGCUGUUAUGGCAGAUGCAGACAUUCUCUCAGAAACAUUUCAACUUUUGAUAGACUCUGCCAAGGACCUCACCAGAAAAGUGUGCGGUUUGGUGCCUGAUGGGCUAUAUCUUCCUGCACCACCAUUAUACUGUCCACAACCAGCUUCUCUCAGUGAAAAAGACUACAAUGACUCUCCUUUAAAAAUUGAGAGAGAUUAUCGUCAAAAGGUGUCUGGGGUCCUUCAGCGAAUUCUGCUGCUCUUCCGGGCUGCUCGUUGUUCCUGCCCCGUAGCACAGUGGUAUAUUGUACAACUGAAAUGGGCAAGAAAAGUAAUGCAAAAGAUUCGAAUGAAAGGCACUCUUCCUUCAUUAAGUUCAUUUCCUGAAAGUUUGCUUCAUUAUUCUAAAUUUAGUACAAUAUUCUUUAGACCUGCAUCUUCUGGAGACCAUCGCUUUGAUGAUGUUUCUUGUAAAACAAUAGGUUGCUUCAGAGAAUUAUGUGCAUUGUGUUGGAUGCUUCAUGUUCGUGAAAGGUUGUCUGACAGUUGCAGACACUACCAAACUGCAAGAGAAAGUGUGGGUAAUCAAAAGGACUGCAAGAAGGCUGAGUAUGAUGCCUGUAUAGUUGAGCAUUGUCUCAAUGCAGUGGAAUGGGCUUGUCGAAUGCUCCCUUUUGCUAGGUUUAUGAAUGUUGAAGAACUUGUUCAAGAUAUAAUUCUGAGCCUUGUUGGAGAAUUACCACCAAUCAGAAAGGUGGCAGAAAUUUUGGUGAAAGCAUUUCCUAAUUCUGAAGAUGUAAGAGUUCCACUAAGGGAUAAAUAUCAUGCUCUUCAGCAGCGACUUAGACACUGUAUUGUCAGAGGAUCCAAAAGUGAAGAAAUGAUGUCUGUUGUUAUCCAAGCCACCCACAAAGUGAGGCUGAAAGCGCUGAAACGUGUAAUAAGGAACAUAGGUCCCAUUGAAAUGAGUAUCUGGGAGCCAUCAGAAGAGGAGACACCAGAUGAUGAGGCACAAUGCUAUGAUAGAUUCUCAUUAGGGACCAGUCUAAGCAGAAGUACACUCUCAGAUUGUGGAAAUCCUCAAGUAUAUAGUGAUGCUGAAACAGCAGAUACACUCUCUGAAGCUUUGCUUACAGAAGAAACAAGAAAUCAAGCACCUUCACCUCAGAGGGAAAUACGGCCUCACACAGAAGAACAAACUGGUAGUAAGAAAACUGCAUAUAAGAUAAAAUAUCUUAAUUGGAAAGCAAAACAUAAAGAACACAGUAAAGUUUUGCCUAAUCAACAUACUUUGCCUGUGGUAGGUGCAUGGGAAUUUGAACGUGAUGAUGAUGAAUAUGUUAAGUUCUUAGAUCUCUUUUUGAGUUACAUGCUUGAAAGAGACUUUAAUUGCAGUGAUCCUGGGAUUCCUUUUCUGACCAGCUUUUCUGAACUCCUUAGAGAACAUGAACUACACUCUCUCCUUUUUGAUGUUCAUACAACCCUGAAACGUCGACAGGGCAAAACUAGUAGCCAGAAUGUGUUUAGAGCUGGUUGCUGCUAUGCUGUUACUCUUGCAUCUUGUGAUUCCAAACCAGCUUCCUUGUGUAAUGAAAAGCAAAAACAUUUGGAAAACCAAAUGUCUGUUUCAGUUCUACAACCAGCAGACUCCUCGGUGUGUGACUCAGUGAAUGGACUAAAGAAAUACAUGGGAAAGAAAGGUUUAUUUGGUCUAAACCACCUGUCAGUUUACAGAGCACAAGAUAAAAAGCAAGAAAUAACUAUUACACCCAUAACCCAGACCUUGUCUGACAAUGCUUGCUCUAAUAUACAACCUUCAGUGACUUGUAAAUAUAUGUACAAAACAAUUCAUAUGAAUGAUGGUAUACCAAGAGAGGAACUUGGUCUAGAACUGAAGAAUAAAUUUAGCAAUAUUGCAAGACUGCUUGAAUGGAUGAUCAGAUGGUCUGAUAGGAGAUUGCUAUGUGAUACCAACAAAAUAGAGUCAUUUCAAGAGAGCUGCCCAAUGAUGCGUGUGAAAACAUCAGCAGCUGCUAUACUUACAUCAUUAUGGCUUUUAGGACGACACUUUUGUGAUGAAUCGCAAGUUAGGAUCACUAGUUUUAAGAGUCCAGAUUAUCAGUACCUAAUGAACUCUGCAUCCCUACCAGAAACUAGACCCAAGAUACAGAAAGAAAGCAGUAUGGAUACAGGCUGUUCUCCAGCAACAGAAACGCCACAUGCUGUCCAGGAUGUAAAUGCUUACGAUGAACUUUGUGAAAAUGUUUUAGGAAUAUCUACAAAAACAAAACAUUCUGAAAAGAAUGAAAUGAAUGAGAGUCAUUCUGUAACUCACAGUACAGAAGAAGGAGUAAUAGGUUUUGAUGAAGAAGUGGGAGCAUUCCUGCAGGAGGAAGUAGAUGCAACUUCAGAAAAUGAAGAGCUCUUCGAAGAACCAUUUGGAGUUCCAAAAAGUCCCAGUAUUUCUGUCAGCAUUAAACCUUUACAACAACAAAAAGAGGAGCAUAUCUCCACUCUAGAUGUAGAAUCUCCAUGGGAAGAACCCAUGAUGGAAAAGUUAGAAGAAAAAAAAGCCAAACAAAAUGGUAUGACUGAGGCUGUUUCCAGCACCAUUCCUCAUUCAUUCUGUUUAGAAAUGAAUGCAGAUACUCCUAGUAACAUAGAGAUUUGUGUAUGUGAUGAUCAACCUUCUUUCACUGGUAUAUCAAGUGUUCCCUAUAAUGGUCCGGUGUGUUCAAAGAAGCAAGUGGUCCAGGAAGGAGAGCAGAUAUCAGAGCCAUUGAACGUUUCAGAAACUGUCAGACAGAUGCUCCAAGAUGAAAUGUUUAAAUUAGUUCAGCUGCAGCAAAUCAACUUUCUGAACUUAAUGCAAAUGGUGGGGUCAUCCUUUGCCAGCCUGCCAAAUACGCAGCAUCUUCUGCAGCAGUCUCAGUCUAUUCAGUUGGGAGGAAGCCAGGCUUUACACACUGUAAGUGGCAGUGGUGCUGACACAUCCCUUCCUAUACAGUCUGCAGACAUUUCUCCGGAGACUCAGCUGCCCACUAAAGAAAAUGCUGGAAAGUUUAAUAAAAAGAGCAGCUCUCAUUCUCAGGAAAGAAAUAUCCUAAAUGAUCAAAGCAGCAAAGAAAGUAUACAUAAUUAUCCAGCUGUGAAUAUUUCUUUAAGCCUAUCAGAGAGCCAGUCCAAUGGAACAGGAUUUAUUCCAGCAUCUCAAGACUUACUUCCUUCAGCUCCAGCCAAACCACUUCAUCUGUUAUCGAGUUCCCUAGAUAUCCAGAAGACACCCAAACUUAUCCCAGUUGCAAAAACCUUAAAUUAUGAAAAUGGCUUUCCUUUGCUUAAACUUGAAUCUGAUAAUUUAAAACCACUCAAUUUAUAUCCAUUAAAAGUUUCACAAGCUUUCAUCGGGUCACUCCCCCAACCAAGAGUAGUUUGGGAUCCAUCUAAUUAUUUACAGAACCCUCCACUGUCAUGUAUGCUAGGAGACAAGACUAUUUCAACGACACACUUGAAUUUGAAUAAAUAUGAUCCUGAAAUGAUAAGGCAAGUAUAUGAGGAAAGGAAGAGGUGGGCAGAAGCUGAAAGCAAGAGGCCUCCUAAACUACUUAAUUUGGAUCAGUAUGAAGGAGAGCAAAAUCUUGCACCUCUGCAGCACCUUCGUACAAAUGUGAGUGCAGAGAAGCCACUGAGUUCUCAGAAUGCUUCCUUCUAUGGAACUUACCAGCAUUCAACUGGAAUUCCUUUACUGCACCUGCAGCUUGACCCAGCACCUAGAUUUCCACCAAUUAUAAGACCACCAGUCCCUGCUUCUUUAAUACCUGUUAGACCUAUAACUGAGGAAACCAACUCCAGAGACACAUUACAGCACACAGGAAUAUCAAUUCUUCACGCUAAUUUACCUCCAAAAAACAAGUUCCAACCACCAAAACUGAUCCCAAUUCAAAAUCUCAUUGCAUUUGAGCAAAGCCGCCUGUGUACCAGUGCACCACAGGAAUUCAUUGGACAAGACCAUUCUGGUCAGAUUGAGUUGUUAAAAGCUAACACUGAGCCAUUUGAUGCAAGACACACGAAGAACAGUACAAAAAGGCAAAAGAGACGUGCUGAUAAACAGAUAAAAGAGAAGGAGGACAAGAAAAAAGCAAGUGUGACAUUCCGCCCAGAUGACUCCAUUAUUAGUACUGAUGAUAUAGAGAAAGUUUUUGAAACUGAGAUACAGGAUCAGCAAGCAGAACCCAGCCGUUAUCUUGAAGAUGAUUUUGUCAUUUCACUUGACACAGUGGGAGAGGCUAUUACUACUACAGCAGGUCUACACUGCAUGGCUUCCACAAGGAAAAAACCCACAGAAACUCAAGAUGCAAGCACAAAUACAGAUCCAGUUCUCAAGUCAUACCAGGAUAUAGAAACUGGCUCUGAAGACAUAGUUUCUGAACUUAGUAAAAACCAACCUAUCACUUCUGUUCCUUCAACAGAACAUCUGGCUUCAAGAGUUCCUCAGAUGUUGCCACCAGAUAUGUACUUAAACUUCAAGCUCCACACAGAAGUAGGGGAGAGACUUUUACCAUCCUCUGUGUCUGAUACUGCACGUGAUUUGAUUGGACACAAAUAUAUCAAUGUGAUUGACAUUGAAGACAGUGAUCUCUUAAAGGAUUUGCCUACUAUAGUCGAGUCUACAGAAGAGAUGGUUACCACACAACAAAAUGAGAACUUUGAAGUUCCAUCUUCUGCAAAGCUGCAUCACAUGGCAGCUUCUGUUACCAAUGCAGUUCCACCUAAUGAAUUUCAGAGAAAAGUGCAAGAAAGGGAUGUAAAAUCAGAUGCUGUUAGAGACAAUCUAACCUGGAAUCUAUUGCAUGAGGAUGUCAGCAUCAUUCACUCUACAGGACUAUCAGCCAAAAUCAUUAGCAAAGAACACUUUUAUACAAAACUGCAGGAAAUGGAUAUACAACUGCAGGCAUUACAGAACAUAGCAGAAAAUAUGGAGAAGGAUUUCAGCAAUACUAAAUUGAUAGUAAAAACAAUAGAAGAUUUAGAAAUGGCUGCCAGUCCGAACUUGGGUGCAGCUUCCUUGUUCUCUGAAGAUGCGGGAGUUAUUGAUGAAGCACGUUACGUGAGCUCUGUGGACUUUGAAGAUCUUAUGGAUGAAGAAGAGGAGAGUUCAAGACCUGAAUAUUCUGUAACCCGUUAUACAGCCUUGCAAGCUCACUCUCUUUCUCCUGCAACUUCAUCUGCUAACCUUCUGAGUCAUUUAAAGUCAUCAUCCGACAUUCUUAUAAAUGAAGAUUUAGAUGAUAGUUUCAUAGACAAUCCCCUGCAAAUUACUGGACUGAGUGGUAUUACUGAUGUUAUUGAUGAUCUUGUAACAGAGGGUGGCGUUUCCACUACAGAACUGGGCAUUACAAAAACACAGGCUAGAAAUAUCUCCAGAAUCCAUGAUACUGCAGCUGGACAGUCUCCAAAAACAGAAAGAGAGAGAAAAGAGAUACAAGCAUGGAUGAAAAGAAAAAGAAAGGAAAGACUGGCAGAAUAUCUUAAAAAACUGGAUGAACAAAGAAAAAGAGAAUAUAAUCCAUUUAAUUUGAGAAAUGAUACGCAAUUUGGUGUCUCUGCAAAGGAAAUCAAAUUGAGCCAGAAAAAGAAAGAUGAAAAAGAUAAAGCCCUGUUGUCUGAGCAUCAUAAUCUUAGAGUCUCACAAGCGCUUUCCCUAAUGAACGAGAUGUUAUCUGAGACAGUGCAGCUUCCUGCAAGUGAACUUAGACCGUUGUCCAAAACAAUGAGAUCCCCUCGAGAUUUCAGAAAGCAGCACCUCACAUCUCUGAGAGGUCGUCCUGGUAGUCGAAGUCUAUCAGCAAGUCAAGCUGAAAGGAGCAGAACUGCUGCCAAACCUGACUUUGGUCAAGCAAGAUCCCAUUCCACUCCACCUCAGGGUUUAGCUCAAUCUGGGGGAACUGCCACUGUGGUAUUACAGAAGAAUAUAUCCAAAGGGAGGAUUAGAAAUGCAAGACAUUAUCCUGUUAAUUCUAGGCAAGUUGCCAUUCGGCCUCAAGACCAAACAUCCCAAGUCACUCUCAGAGGAAUGCUGACAGAUUUUAACCGGAGGAGAACAUGGUUGCAAGGCAAUGCAAGUCAGAGGCAGGGCUUGAGCAAAGGAAGACAUAAUUCGGCCAGACAAGCCUCUGAUUAUCAAACACUCAGCACAAGGAAUCCGAGAAGACCUACACCCCAUGCAGCUCCAAUUCAGAGAGAAGAGACAGGUCUUGAUUAUGAGUCCGAGCGAGAUUCAAUAAGUCCCUGGAGUGUCCCUGAUGAUAUCCAACGUCUCCUUCAUGACAAUCACGAUUCCCUACUUGAGGUCUCUGUGCCUCAUGAAGAGGAUUGCUCUCCUCUUAGCAUUAAUGACAGUGUAUCUGAAAGCACAGGAAGUAUCUUGAGCAAACUGGAUUGGAACGCUGUUGAAGCUAUGGUAGCGAAUAUGGAAGAAAAGUGAAAUGAAGAUGUUUUGACCUCUGCACUUUCAGAGCAGUUUAAUACAGUUAUUUAAUGCUUAAUAAUCAGGGGGAGUUCUAAAUAGUUAGCUUUCCAGGAAAUGUACAGCCCUACCAUUCUAUUGUAUUUUAAAUAGAACUCUUCAUUGAAAUCAAUUUGCAGUUGUGCUUAAAACUCAAUUGUGGAUUAUGACUCUUGUACCAUGGAAAGUGUUCGAUUCUCUUUGAAAUAGGUUUCUCAGUUUCCUGGUUAAAGACUAUAUACUUUGGUGUUAAUGUGCAGUGUCUCUUCAGCUUUUCUUGUGCUCAGGACAG